UAUCUCAACACUCAUCUGAAACUCAGAAAACCCUAACACAGAUAAUAAUAAACCUCUUAUCACCGACCAAACCCAUCUCAACUCCAACUAGCUUAGAUCCCCUUCCGACAAUGUCUUCCCAUCUAUUUCUCCGGCACCGGAUCUCUCUCCUCCGAACCCUCAAACCCAACCCCCACCUCACCAGAACCAUUUCCGGCACACCGUUCCUCUCCCAAGACCCCCAGCUCGCAUCGGAAUCAACCGAUGCAGGCUCCACCACCGCGCUCCCGCCGAAUCCCGCCACGGGAAGCCCUCUCUACCAGGAGAACUGGCGGAGCCCGAUCCCGAGCUCCCCUUCCUUCAGCCAGUCGCUAGUCCCCAUGGGGUUCCUAAACCAAGCCCCCGCGGCUCGCAUCAGAGCCCUCUCCGAGUCCCUCGACGUGACCUCGCUGCUGAACAUGUUCGCGGACUGGACGGCGUCGCAGCGCUGGUCCGACAUGAAGCAGCUUUUCGAGUUCUGGGUUCGGUCGCUCGACGGCAAGAGCGGGAAGCCGAACAAGCCGGAUGUGAACCUUUAUAAUCACUACCUUCGUGCUAACUUGAUGAUGGGUGCUUCUCCUAGUGAUAUGCUCGAUCUGGUCGCGUUGAUGGAUGAUUUCUCCGUGGCGCCUAAUACGGCGUCGUAUAAUCUGGUCUUGAAGGCUAUGCAUCAGGCCAAAGAGACUGAGGUUGCCGAGAAGCUGCUUAACCGGAUGCUGAUGUCAGGGAAGGAUGAAUCUCGUCCGGAUGAUGAAUCAUAUGAUUUGGUUAUUGGAAUGAUGUUUUCGAAUGGGGAGAAUGACAAAGCCAUGCAGCUUCUUGACAUCGCACUAAAAUCUGGUUACAUGUUGUCCACAACUGUUUUUAGUGAAUGCGUUCGUAGCUGUGUAGCUAAAGGUAGGACGGAUACACUCGUCUCCAUCAUCGAGAGGUGUAAGGCUCUUGAUCGGAACAAGUCCCUAUGCCCUAGCUGGAUACUGUGUACAUACAUGGCAGAAGUUGCAACUCAAGAGGACAACAGCAAACUAGCAUUCUACGCGUUUGAGUUCAUGUACAACUGGAUCAACAGGGGAGAAAUGGCUAGGCCCUCGGUUUUACUCUCCGUUGAUGAAGGGUUGGUUGUAUCAGCUCUCGCAACCGCUGCCAGGACGUGUAAUCCGACUUUAGUAGAUGGGUCGUGGAUGAUUCUGAAACGGAGCCUGCGUGGGAAAAAAGCAGCUAACCCUGCGGCUUACGUUUCAAAGAUAAACGCUUAUGCGUCGCUGGGGAACCUGCAGAAAGCUUUCAUCGCACUUCAUGAGUUUGAAAACGCGUACAAGGACGCUGAAAGAGAAGCUAAGGAGGAAAUGCUUUCUCCUUUUACAUCCUUGUACCCGCUCGUUGUGGCCUGCUCUAAGAAAGGUUUUGAGACUUUGGAUGAGGUAUACUUCCAGCUGGAGACAUUGAGUAAAGGUGAUACUCCAUAUAAGUCUGUGGCUGCUCUAAACUGUAUUAUUCUUGGCUGCGCAAACACAUGGGAUCUGGAUCGUGCUUAUCAGACGUUUGAUGCAAUAAGUGCUUCUUUUGGGAUGACUCCUAAUAUUGAUUCAUACAAUGCUUUAAUAUAUGCAUUUGGAAAGGUCAAGAAGACUCCUGAGGCUACAAGAGUAUACUCUCAUCUAGUUGGGGAAGGUGUUAAGCCUGAUACCCGGACGUUUUCAUUGCUGGUUGAUGCUCAUCUUAUUAACCGGGAUCCCAAAUCAGCUCUGACCGUCAUUGAUGACAUGAUUAAAGCUGGAUUUGAACCUUCCAAGGAGACACUGAAGAAGCUGAGAAGGCGAUGUAUCAGGGAAGUAGACAACGAAAACGAUGAGAAGGUGGAGGCAUUGGCCAAGAAGUUUCAAAUAAGGAUGGGAUCAGAGAACCGCAGGAACAUGCUUUUCAACAUGGAUUACUCUAGGGGUCGCGCAUAAUUCUACAUGUAAUAAUAUGAAUCCUCAGUUUAUUGUUACAGAGGAAUCAUCACCAUCUCUCAUCAUCAAAGUGUGUUUGGCCUUCUCUAUUUUUAUGCAGAAUCUCUUGUUGAGGAGCGAGGUAUGAAAUCUCAGGCUCUCAUCGACACACAAGAGUCCUUAAUCUGAUAUCUUUUCCAUUACAUAGCUCGUUGUUUUAGGACCAAUAAAUGUCAAAACUUUUUGGAAGAUUCCUAUUUUUUUUUUAUCUUUACAAAAGACGAUUAGAUUUUGUAAGAUUUUGAUUUUGGUUAUAACAGCAACUUCAAACCA